AUGAAUGCUUUUGAGAAGAAGGAUUUUAAAUUAGAAGAUAAUUGGGAAACUAUAACUGUGAAAUAUGCAGGUGACAAAAAAUAUUUUUGGGAGGCAGUUUUUUACGAUUUUAUUCAAGGGUGUACCUCAAGGAGCACGGACAAUGGAACUGUACCACAGGAAUUUCUCCUGUUGGGGUUUCCAGGAUCUCAGGCCCUUCAGCUCUCCCUCUUCCUACUUUUUCUGGUGAUGUACAUCCUCACAGUUGGUGGUAACAUUGCUAUCUUGAUGUUGGUGAGUAUUUCCCAUCAGCUCCACACCCCCAUGUACUUCUUUCUGAGUAACCUCUCAUUCCUGGAGAUUUGGUACACCACAGCUGCAGUCCCAAAAGCCCUGGCCAUACUCCUGGGGAGGAGCCAAACCAUAUCAUUCACUGGCUGCCUUUUGCAGAUGUACCUCGUCUUCUCAUUAGGGUGCACGGAAUACUUCCUCCUGGCAGCCAUGGCUUAUGACCGUUAUCUUGCCAUCUGCUAUCCUCUACACUAUGGUUCUAUCAUGAGCAGCCUGCUUUCAGCACAGUUAGCUUUGGGCUCAUGGAUCUGUGGGUUCCUGGCCAUUGCAUUGCCUGCAGCCCUUAUUAGCAGACUCUCAUUCUGUGGCCCACAUGCCAUUAAUCACUUCUUCUGUGACAUUGCCCCCUGGAUUGCCCUGGCCUGUACCAGCACAAAGGCAGUGGAGCUCGUGGCCUUUAUGAUAGCAUUUGUGGUCAUUCUAAGUUCCUGCCUCAUCACCUUGGUUUCCUACAUCUUCAUCAUUAGCACCAUCCUCAGGAUCCCCUCAGCCAGUGGUAGAAGCAAAGCAUUUUCCACCUGCUCCUCUCAUCUAACUGUGGUGCUCAUCUGGUAUGGAUCCACCAUCUUCCUCCAUGUUCGAACCUCAAUCAAAGAUGCCUUAGAUCUGACCAAGGCUGUCCAUAUCCUGAACACAGUGGUAACUCCAGUUUUAAACCCCUUCAUCUAUACACUCCGUAACAAAGAAGUAAGGGAAACACUACUAAAGAAAUGGAAGAGAAAAUAA